CAUCAAAUCGCCGUAUUUUUUGCCCCUCCCCAGUAGAGCAACCGCACUGCCUGCUCUCAUCAUCAGAGGCAAAUCAAUCCAUUUGAUCAUCUUGCGUUCAACAACAAGAACAUACCACCUUGGUUAUCCUUUUAAUAGUGUCCAGGCGGUGAAGUGGUAUAGCGCGUGCUGCUGGUGAUCUAGCUGUAAUUGGGAAAAAGAAAGCACACUAACUGAAGGGUACACACGUCGAUUGUGCACGCCCACGCCCAGCAGCAGUUGCCCGUGCAGUGCGCAUGGAGCGCGCGCAGGAGGACCAGUCCCUACAGUAGAAGCCCACCCAGCCGUGGAGCCGCGAGCGUGGUGUUGAGAGGAGAGCGAGAGAGUGAGAGAAGAUGGACGGAGUCGGAUCUUUUGGAGCGGGUCGGACUGGGUCUACGCUAGACCCGAUCGCAUUUGCUAAGCAACCACAGACCAUCCUCAGAGUUCUGUCGUGGAUCUUCUCGCUGGUGGUGUUCGCCUCCAUCGUGAAUGAGGGCUACGUCAACAUGGGCAGCGAGCGGCUGCACUGCGUGUUCAACAAGAACGCUGAUGCAUGCAACUACGGCGUGUUCGUGGGCCUGGUGGGCCUCCUGGCCUGCUCCUUCUUCUUCCUGCUCGACUACAAGUUCUCCUCCAUCAGCUCGGUCAAGGACCGCAAGAAGGCCGUCAUGCUGGAGGUGGGCUUCUCCGGUUUUUGGGCCUUCCUGUACUUUGUGAGUUUCUGCUUCUUGGCCAAUCAGUGGUCUCGGACCACUCCUGACGAGCUGCCACUCAACCAGGGGGCGGAUGCAGCCCGGGCUGCCAUCGCCUUCUCUUUCUUUUCCAUCCUCACCUGGGCGGGCCUGACAGUGCGGGCGGUACAGAAGUACCUGCUGGGCACCGACAUGACCCUGUUCACCAGCGAGCACAUGGACGGCUCCGCCCCCGCCCAGCCCUACCCCUCCAACUCACCAGGGGGCACCACUACUGGCACCGGCACCGCCGGCAGCGCCGGAGUGGAGGGCGCGGCAGACACCUACCAGAACCCCCCUUUUACUGAGAACAACGCAGCCCCAACCUACCAGGUCCCCAUCUACUAGGAGCAUGGAAGGUGGUUGAGGAGGAGACGCUGCGUGGUGGAGGAGGAGGAGGAGGAAGGGUUCGGGGGGAGUGUUGAAGAGACAGGCGCUGGGGCAGUGUUUCCCCACCUUCGGGGGUCCAAACCCCACUAGGGAUAAGCUUGCUGAUAUGCAGAUGGGGUUGUUAGAGAUUAUAAGAUAUGUAAGCUACCUAAUGGUGCAUUUUUGUAAAAGAUAACGAAGACAAUGACCUGCCGUUGGGGUUUCAAAUGGUGUGUGGGGAAGGAGAUGCGAUUUGGUGAUGCAGGAGUUUUUGCAAGACCAAAAAACCAAGAUGAUAGGCCCGUAAAGGUUGGGAAACACUGAUCUAGGGGGGUGAGGUGGGAGCGGAUGUGGAUGUUUGUGUUGCUCUGUGCGGUGUCAUUGUUAUAUCAAGGUUGUUCAUCUGUUGAUCUGGGGCUGUUGUUGUAGGGGCGGUGUGAUAGUGCUCUCUAGUGGCCAACGUGUUCAUAGGAUUAUCGUUUUUUCGAUCUAUUGAAGUGCACAGGUUGCUCGGCAAAGUAUAUGGGCCAUAAUAUGUAAACAGCCUUUCAACAUUCAGAACAGCAGACACAUUGGAUAUGGGAAAUGCCUGAAAAUCAACAGAUGAGCAACUUCAGCAAAUAUCAACAGAAAUAACGUUCGAAAUGAACGUAAAAAAUCGAUGUGUUAUUGAACUUAGAGACAAAGUCAUUGCCAUACUGUGCCGUAUUUCAAAGAUUCUGACUUUUAAGCGAUAGAUCUCACCAUGCUGUAGAAUAACACAACAACGACAUCACCGACUGUCUUGUGACCAAGUGCAAUAUCUCACAUGCUGUAGACAUGUAUGUAGGUGUGUGUAGGUUAUAAUAUGUAGCUGACAAUGUCUCAAAUAACAAUCAAUGCAUUUGGUGUGGCGUAUCUAUCACCAUUCACACGAUUCAAUCGAUUUCCUAGAGGGAUAGAUGAAUUGAAUAUAUAAUACCAAAAGUAAGGCUUUCGAGGUGCAGUCUAGGUAUAAAAAUGGAGGUCGGCCUAGGAAGUUACAGCAACCAAACAUGAAUCAAAGUGACGUAUCCCGGUAACGAUAGAGACAAAUAAAGAUGACCCCACACAAUACAUUAAGAUGAUAACGUUUAAUCUAUAGCCUACGGCAGGGAAAUCUAUAAAAAAAAUAUAGAUAGCUUGUUAUUUGAGACAAUGACCUGGAUAGUGGUUGUCUUGAGAACGAGGGAUGUUAUCAACGAGGGGUUAUGUGGAUGAGAUAUGUAUUUAUGUUUACUUUGCAGAAGCUGCCAAACUGCCCAGUGUUCGCUCGCUAUCAACCCCUGGGGUUGCAAUUUAGUGCCACCUAGUGGACGACUUGUGUCGAACCACAUUUAUGCGCUCACAGAAACAACGGACAAGAGGGCCAUGUUUGUGUGUGUGGGGGGGACGGGGGACGGGGGACGGGGGGCGGACAUUACUACAUAUAAUCAGCAUUCGGCAUGUUUAAAUGUUUUCCUGGACUGUAUUUCACUGUUCAAGAAACAGCAAAGUCAAAGAUUAUGCUCUGGAUGGUAAUGGUUGGUUGAAGACCAUAAUUCUGAGUGUUGUCCCCACUGCAUUGCUUUUAGCAGUCAAGCUCCCUCCCUCGCGUUUGCAUUCGGAUUAGCUCCCCGUUCCGCCCUUCGACUCGUGUUAAAACCAGUCCGCCUAAACACAGCUCAAGCGCAGCCCCGGUCUUGUGAUUGGCCUGCCACCAUUGUAAGGGUCUUCCUCCAGGCUCUCGUCUAUUACGAAUCGAGGUUAGGUGGAAGCCGUAGUCAUUGGGUAAAAUCAGGGUUGCGGCCGCCGAUGUAGAUAGGAACCAUGACAACUAUGUCAAUGUAUAGCGACGUCUCUGUGUUGUGGUUUAAUGUUGGUGAAUUUGUUUGGUUUUGUUAUGCGCAUUUGUGUAUGACUGAACGCGUGUGUGCGUGUGUGUAUGUGCGUGCGUGCCUAUGUGCGUGCGUGUGUGCGUGUGUGCGUGCGUGUGUGUGUGUGUGUGUCUUAUAAAGGUAUGAAAGUCAGCAUGUUUGUGUGAAUUUCAAAGUGCUUUAAAAUGAUUAUUUCAAGAAAGAUGUAAGUAUAAUAAAAGUGUAAUGGGUUAUUUUCUGGAACAGGUUUUCCAAAACAUACAUCUAGCGACUGUUUUUUUUUUAUUGAAGAGCUAUAAUUUAACUGGUGUGACUUUUUAGGAAAUCAGAGUGACUUAAACAUAUUGGAGAGAUUCUUUUCUUUCUUUUUUUCUUACAUAAAACGAAUUAUCAAUUAAAACCGUACGCUAUGCCCUUCUAUCCGAUUUCCUAGUAAACAUUGGUUCCAGUCGGUGAGAAAGUGUAUUGCAGUAAGGGUACGUGCCGAUUUUGAUGAUGCCAUAAUGUUGAAUACGCUAAUGCAUGUAAUUAUCGUAUUGCACUCGUUACAUGUUGAACAAUUAUAUAUCAUUCUUAAGUUGAUUCCAGUGUCUUUUAGGUUCUAUUCUAUUUUCUACCAACGUUAUGCAUUAUUUUUUAGAACUGUGUAGGCAAUUAUACAAUUUGAAAUGUGUGGUUACCCAGCAUUGCACUCUCCUUAACAACUAAUUAUUAUUAUUUAUUUUUUCGCCUUACCCAUCUAACCUUACCUGCCAGGUAGUAAACGGAACCAUCUGUGAGGUCUUUGGAAACAUUAGAAAAAGAAAGGAACUCUCAAAAAAAUACUUGGAUGAACCAUCAGUUUAUCACCAUCUAUAAGGUAGCUCACAUAGUUCCUCGUAGGGUAUUGGUCAGGAUAUUGUACGGCCACAAGCGCACACUAGGCCUACUUGAAUCCCGAUAACAUGGAUUCUCCUGUGUUCGUGAUUCCGAGUCCAGCUGCCUCGAAAGUCUAUAACCCAUCACCAUUGGGUGAAACCCUGCCCUCGAGGUUUUAUUUAUUAUAGUUUGUAGAUGACUUCAUCGCUAUACCAAUGGUGUCAAGCUUUGCCUCAAUGUUCACUCGGGCCCGUGUCUACAUAUUUCAACCAGUAGACACACUUUAAACCGACCAGAUCAGGCAUCUUAAAUGCUACCCAAAGCAUGAGAAAAUAUCGACAUAAUCCAGAUCCUAUUGACAACUGCAACCGAAUCAGCAGGGUUCACUGAUCGAAUUGUGUGAUUCAGGUUUGGGGUCGCAGUGUUGCUCAGAUCUGGGGUACAAAACAAGAAGCAGGGGGUCAUCAUCAUGUAGUUACCCUGCACUGGGCUUCUGUUUAGCCGGGACUCUUAUGGUUGGUCGGGUUGUGCUGGUUCGUCAUUACUGUACUCCGUGGUUCGCGCGCUCUUAUUUAGUCUGUGUGUUAGAUUCAAGAAAAAUAAUAAUGAUAAUAUGAAUAUGAGUAAUAGAAAGCAUUCUGUGUUUUGUGCUCUGGUCCUAGGCCCAUGUACACUACUGUGGUAUUGGUUUGAUUGUUAAAAAAAAAACUACACAAAAAACAAUAAAAGCUCAGUACUUUAUUGAACAUAAUGGAUUGUGUGCGUGUGUGUGUGUGUGAGAGAUAGAGACGCUGUCAAGGGGUGUGGUCUGUCAUGUUCUAGUAGCCUAAUGCUAGCAGUGUUGAUACUUGGAGCAAUGGGUGUGCUGGGAAAUCAUCACUUUUUCCUGAUUAGGACGUUCAGUGUGCUCAUAAAGCCCAAAUACACAGGUUAAUUGUCUUGGGGAUGAAGACAACUAACCAGCGUGGAACAUUGGCAUAUCAACAACUGAUAAAUGUUGAUUUUGGUCAAUUGUGUGCGCAACCCGUUUAAAAAUUGUGCUGUGUCAAAUAUAAAUAUUUAUUUUGAAUGAUUUGUUUUCCUCGCUCUGAAAAGAAAGGUGUUUGACUUCCUAAAUGUAUAGAAGCUGUGAACAGAGAUGUUACUGUGGGUCACCUCAAUGCAGUCAAAAUAAAAAAAUCAUA